GACUUUCUUAUGACGCUAGUGUUGUUGCUGGAAGUGGUGAGUGAUCAUGUUUGAUUAAAAUUCACUUCAGAUGUCUUGACAAUUAGUUUUAUCAGACAGUUUUGGUCAUUGCAAGAUACAAUGUGUCCAUUAGUGAUCACAUUUAUAUUCUUAAUUGCAAUAAUUAGUGACAACUGCACUGAGAUAGGAGCUGUUAAUGCUGAACCAAGUCAUGAUCCCGUCCCGUCUUUGAAUACGUUUGACUACGUAAGUGUAAAUAUACGAAAUGGGAGCAUAUACUCGACGGAGACAACAGCAUCACACACUACAGAGUUGUAUUCAGCAACUGAGUUUAUUUCGAGUAAUUGCGAGACAAACUCGACAGAUAAUUGUCCAAUUUUAUGCGGAAACUUUGAUGACUACAGCCAGAAUACCAUCUUGGAUAUGUUGUUGGACCCAUGUCGAUAUGAUAGCGACGUUAUUCCUUCUUCAGUAAACCCCUUGGAUGUGCAAGUUCGAGUUCAAGUUAGUUACAUGGAUGUAGAUACGGAAUCACAAUUGUUGAAAACUCGACUUCAAGUGGCUUUUGGCUAUACUGAUCCUCGUCUAGCUUACCAUUUUUUGUCACCAAAUAAAAGUGCACUCAUGGGCGAAGAAAUACUGAUUAGAAGACUGUGGACACCUCACAUUUAUGUGUUGAAUGAAAAGAUGAGCAACGUAAUGGGUUUGGAUAAAUCAGAUAUGUAUGUCACAAUUGAUCCUUCUGGUAAGGUUGAGUUGAACCAACGUAUAUCAUUAGCUACUCAUUGCUGGAUGGACCUUAUGAAAUUUCCAUUUGACGAGCAAACUUGUAGUGUUGAUUUUCAAUUGUGGUCUUACGAUGUCUCUAAGGCAAUACUUAGAUGGCGAAAAGAUAAUCCCGUAAUAUUAAGUCCAAACUUAUUCAUUACCGAAUUUGAUUUGAAUGAUUACAAAGCUGAAGAAGCGGCAAAACUUAGAUCGACCGACUUAAACGUGCACUACAGCACGCUUCGUUUGGAAUUCAACGUUUCCCGACAGAUUGGCUACUACAUUAUGGAUUUCUUUAUUCCUUCAAUUCUUUUAGUCAUAACAUCAUGGGUAAGCUUCUGGUUACAAGCUGACGCAUCUCCAGCGAGGGUGGCUUUAGGGACGUCCACCAUGUUAGCAUUCAUCACGUUAACAUUGGGCCAAUAUUCUAAUUUCCCAAAAGUGCCUUAUGUAACUCUUGGUGAAAUUUGGUUCAUUGGAUGCACAAUCUUUAUAUUCCUAUCCAUUACGGAAUUUGCUUUUGCGAAUGUGAUUUGGAGAAGAAAGCAAGUAGUCAAUAUUCCCCAAUACUAGAUAGUAUUGUGGCGAAAUAACUGUUAUUGUUUUGUUUUUGUGUGUAAAUA